GCUUAGUAUUGAAAUGUGAGAAAACCGACUUGUCGUGGCCGUGGACGUUAUACAUGAGUAUCCAUCACUUGGAAUACGGACGCUUACAAGUCCCGCACUGCUAUACAUAAUCAGAAAUGACCUGUGUUCAAAGUCAACAUGGAGUUCAGACUUAUGAGAGCUCCCUCUUCAGCUCAGAGUUUUUGAAUCCUGACUUCACCUCCAGGUUGGCCAUGGAUGUAAGUGACCAGCGGGACCAGCUCUCUACUCCCUCUCUACCCAGCAUCACCUCUCUGGUCGGAGGCUACAUGGGCGAGUUUGACACCUACUCCUGCCAGAUUGCCACAGGUGCUGCGUCUACCUUUGCAGGCGUCACCUCAGGACAGGACUCCUCGUUCAAGCUGGAUGACCUCCAUGUGUACGGCUGCUACCCAGGCACAUUUGCUUUGAGUUACCUGGAUGAGACAUUGUCUUCCUCAGGUGGGUCAAACUGCUUUGGAAGACCAGCCUCUGCUCCGUCACCCUCUACCCCUGGGUUCCAGCCCAUGUCGGCCUGGGAUAGCACCUAUGGUCCUUGCUCCCCAGAUGAUGGCUGCUGGGCUUCUGAGAAGACACCUCUGGCUCAAACUCCCUCAUACUUCAAUUUUGGGCACGUCACAGCCAAUGAGCUUUCUCCCUUGGGCCAGAUGCAGUCUCAGCUCCAAGAUCAGGACCCGUUCUCUCAAACCUCGCAGCACGGUUCUCCUCUUCCCUUCAGUCCACUCGGCCUGGAGCAGGGUAGUCUGGAUGGGUCUGCACUGAUGGACGGACAUCUCUCCCCUAAAGUUAGAAGCCCCACAGGAAAUGAGGGACGCUGUGCAGUGUGUGGAGACAAUGCUUCCUGCCAGCAUUACGGGGUGCGCACCUGUGAAGGAUGCAAGGGCUUUUUCAAGCGUACAGUACAAAAAAAUGCCAAGUAUGUGUGCCUUGCCAACAAAGACUGCCCAGUGGACAAAAGGCGGCGAAACAGAUGCCAGUUCUGCCGCUUCCAAAAGUGCCUAGCUGUAGGAAUGGUAAAAGAAGUUGUGAGAACAGACAGCCUGAAAGGUAGAAGGGGUCGUCUGCCAUCCAAGCCAAAAGUUGUCCAAGACUCAUUGUCUGUCUCCUCCCCUGUAAACCUCAUCGCCUCUCUCAUCACUGCCCAUAUUGACUCAAACCCUGCCAGUGGAAAUCUGGACUACUCAAAGUAUCAGGAAUCAGUAUCUGGAUUGUCUGAGAAGGAGGAUGCCAAUGACAUACAGCAGUUUUAUGACCUGCUAACAGGAUCAAUGGAUGUUAUCAGAAAGUGGGCUGGAAACGUUCCUGGAUUCAACGCCUUUUGUAAGGAAGACCAAGAGCUUCUCCUGGAGUCAGCAUUUGUUGAGCUCUUCAUACUUCGGCUAGCCUAUAGGUCAAACCCUGGGACAGACAAACUUAUUUUCUGCAAUGGUGUGGUUCUCCACCGGACGCAGUGUGUGCGAAGCUUUGGCGACUGGAUUGACUCAAUCAUGGAGUUCUCUCAAAGUUUACAUCGCUUGAACUUGGAUGUCUCGUCUUUCUCCUGCCUUGCCACACUGGUCAUAAUCACAGAUCGUCAUGGCCUGAAAGAGCCCAAACGGGUCGAGGACUUCCAAACCCGCCUGAUCACAUGUCUCAGAGACCAGGUCUCCACAAGUGCCCAUGAAGCCACCCGGCCCAACAACUUAUCCCGACUCCUGGGCAAGCUUCCUGAGCUGAGAACACUGUGCACUCAGGGUCUCCAGCGAAUCUUCUACCUUAAACUGGAAGACUUGGUCCCACCUCCACCAAUUGUGGAUAAAAUCUUCAUGGACACAUUGCCAUUCUGAAUGAGAUUUUAUAUGUGGACAACCAAAGUGACUUAACUGGUGAAAAAGCCGGAUAUGAGCAGUUUGAUGUUUGGGGAUCUUAAAGGACUAUAUUGCUUGCUGUUCUCUGCUUUCUUUCAAUGGAAUCAGAGAAAGAUGACAUUCUACUCACGCCCGAGUUUGGAUCCUACAUUACAGAGUCUUCAACAGUAAAUUAAUUAAGACACCCAGUAGCAUUUCAGGUCAAUGGUGCAAAACAAAGAGAAAAUGAAACGCCCUGCAUGUGGUUUCUAUAUGAAAAAAAUGCAUGCAGAUAUUCCCAUAAAAUCAGUAUUACACAUAUUAUCAAAGGUUGUAUUCCAAAUAUAAAAGCAUCUAAGUAUCCAACUGAACAUCCAAUUUCCCAUAAACAAUUACCUGUGGUUUAUGGGAGGUUAGAAAGGCGAUGGACCAAAACAGAAAAGGAAAAAUAGAAAAGGCAUUUUGUUGGAUGCUUAAAGCUGAAAUUUGUAAUUUAUCUAUGUUAAAAUACUUUCUCCUAUCCCGGCUUAAUAUGCAGAGAACUAUAAGUAAGCCAUUGGUAGGCCGAUUUCACAGAAAUGAAGAUGAUAUGGAAAACAUGCACAGAAAUGACACAUAUCAGCUUUAAAUUAUUAAAACAAAGCCUUAAAAAUCUCUCAAUUGCCAGAACAUUAUCUCCUUAAACAUGCUCAGAAAUGUUUCAACCUUCACCUUUACACUGAAAACACAGAUACACUGAGUACAGAACUGAUGUGAAUGCAAUCGAGGAAUGUGGUACACUGUUAUUAUAUGGCAACUGUAUCAGACCUGUUUAAGUGACAAACAGGUGUAUUUUAAGAUUCAGUAGUUUUUUAAAGAUUUUUCAUUAAUAUUUUUGAAAGGUCACAAGAGAUCCAGUGCAGCUACUGUACAUAUACCAUGUACAGCCUCUUCGAGUUUUAUUACUGAAGCCUGACUUAGUUUAGUGUACCAGUCAAACCUUAGAGUUUUUACAUUUGUAUGUAUGUGUUUUAUGGAUGUAUAGAUGUGGCAAGAGCUUCUGCAUACUGUAACUUUUUCUCACAAUGACAAAAUCAAGUUUGGGCAUUCUGUUUUUUUUAUUACAUAAAAUGAAAGAUAUUGCUUAUCUUUCAUUGAUUUUGUGCAGCUCUCAAUAUAAAUAUAUUUUGA